UGGGACUACAGCGUCGUCUGUAUGCAUGAUAUGGAAUGCUCUCAACCCUGAGACAGCUGAAUGGGUGACUGACUUCCUUGACAAAGAGUGACUUGUUAUAGGCCCUGAGCAAAGACAACAAGCUUUGUACCUUCUUGGUGGUUCAGAAAGGACACUCUGUAGCAUCAGAAGCAAAGAAAGGAAACGAUCUUUUUCUCUAUCAAGUUGACUGUAUAAGAUACUUGACUUCCAGGAAGAAAAUCACAGUGAAAUAGUGAAAGUAUCAUUUGGGCAUUAUUGGACAUUCAUCAUACUGAGGAGCGAGCUUCCUGGAACUCAGAGCUGAGAUUUGGAACCUUCCCUGGUGCUCAUUUAUACCUCAGACUGUAAGCAUGAGUGAAUUCUGGUUGUGUUUCAACUGCUGUAUUGCAGAACAGCCUCAGCCUAAAAGGCGACGACGGAUUGACCGGAGUAUGAUUGGCGAGCCAACGAACUUUGUGCACACGGCUCACGUGGGAUCGGGAGACCUGUUCAGCGGGAUGAAUUCAGUUAGCUCCAUCCAGAACCAAAUGCAGUCCAAAGGUGGCUAUGGAGGGGGCAUGUCUGCCAAUGUGCAGAUGCAGCUCGUGGACACAAAGGCAGGAUAGCCCCGUCCCUUCUCCAGUUAUUAUGAAUUUAUGCAUUUUCUCUGUCCACUACUCUUUUUUUUUUUAUUUUUUUGGUCUUGUGAUUGUGUUUUUCUUUUUAAUUAUUAAAAAGUGUGAAGGCGUCUUGUUCACCCUCUCAGUGAGACAUUACUGUUCUGCUCCACAGAAGAUACCAGAUGGACCCUGCAUUUCCGUCGCCAGCACGCAUGCCUUGGGACUCAUGGGCAGAGUUCUUUGGAUUAUAGCUGAAUUUUCAACGUCUAAUCAACGUGGAACUGAUCUUGGCAUGAUCUUUGUUGUGAAUGCUAGCACCAUUUUGCAGUUUUAUCCAUUUUAAACAUUUCUCCUUCCUCCUCCCCCCCCCCGCCUUAUGAUUUUAUUAGUAAGCAAGGACCUGCUAUUAUUUGUUGAUUUGUCACCGUGUAUGUAUAUUUUGGAAGGUGUGAGACCCACAAGCACAAUGAUCUUUUUUUUUUUUUUUUGAAACUUCAGCAGAGUAAAUAUCUGCAUGCUUUAUGAGGUUGCUUUGAUGAGAGCCCACGGAAAGCCAGAAACAGAUUUCUUUGUGGCCGUGGGCUGACGAUACUGCUGCUAUUAGACACAGAAAGAAAGGCGAGCUGUGGCACCACGUCACAUCAGUUUCACAGAAAAAAGAUGACGCCUAUCUUAUUUUAGAAGAAUGACUUUUUGGUCUAUUUGAUUAGAAUCGCAAUAAAAGAAAAGCUUGCAUUCAUAAGGCCCUCGUUCUGUUAUAAAUGUUCAGUAUAUUUAUUUCGAGAGCACACACCUGUGACGGUAGACAGGCAUGCCUCUGUAUCGGAGUGUUGUGGUAAGACUCGUCCAGUCUGACCCGGAGCACGCACCUUCAUUUCAUUUGCUGUGCCUUUGUGUACGUUCUUUAUUUUUAUGUGUUUUCCAUUUUUGCUUAAUAUUUGAUAUCUAGUUGUUCCCAGUAGCAGGGUGUUGAAUUUCUGGCCUAUACUACUAACCGUAGACCCCCAGAGUCAUGGCCUUUCUGUACGCGACCUGUUUGGGGGCCACAGAAGUUGCCGAGAGCAGCACACUGACCUGGCUGAGACACUAGUGAGAACCCGUGGGCUGACUAGUUAAUGGUAUUGGUAAGAAGCUUUCUCAGGUGCCAAAAUAUGUUUCUCCUGCCUAAAUUUUACAUAUUUCAGAUAUUUCUGUACAUGUUGCUUCUUUCCUAUUAGACUGUACAGUCAGGCUCAGUCAUUUGUGUUCUCAUUAGUGUGUGUGAACCCUGUGGUCCAGGCCUGUCUAACCGCAUUUGAUAGGAUUAACAUUUCAUGCAGCAAGUGGGGCUUAAUUGAAAACUUAACAAUUUUAUAAGGAAUUAGGUAAUUGAAUAAAAGAACAGUUUUCCAUUUUUCUUGUCUGCCUUCAUCUAUCCCUUGUCCCUCACCUUAGUCCCAGGUUGUUAUGAACAGGUAACUGAAUCAGUGUUAGGUUUACGUAGGCAAAACAUGAAAGCAGCCCCAUCCCCCGUCCCCCCAGUUCUUUGGAAUUUAACUUAGUACAGUUGGGCAUAAGAGUACUCAAUCCUUGUAUUUUGCAGUUUUGAGCCUUUAUAGAUGUGAAUCCCAAGAACAGAGAGACUCUGUCAAGGAAAAGCAUCUGGACUCUUCAGAAUAGGCAUUUUACAGUUUGUUCAAUAAGCUCUGUGCUUUAAUUCAUCUGUUGUCAUUAACUCACCACGUGGACAGGGAGCUCUGGAAUCUGCCCGAGUACCGUUGUUAUUCUGCUCAGUGAGGGUCGGUUUCCUGCCCGGGAAGCUGCUGUGUAAGCUCUUUAAGAGAUGGGCUGGAUUUUCUUGGCAUUGUCAGCACCGAUGCCAUUUAGUCUAUAUUUCACUUUGACUUUUAAACUUGUACGCUUUUUAUAGUUGCAUUUAACUCUGCAAUAAUAGUGCAGGGAGCCAUGGUCCCUCUUCCCCGACCCAUGACUUCAUCCUAGUUUCUGUCCAUCCAUCCACUGCUCCCCAGAGGCUGGCGCUUCAGCCUCUGACUGUCCUGCAGCUGCCACUAACGUCACAGGAACAAGAUGUACACAAGAGCACAUGCCCGGGACACCUGGAGAGGUGCCAGUAAAAAGAAAUAAGUUACAAAAAAGUGAUAGUAACUUUGGACUUAAAUUUUAUAGGGAAGCUUGAGGAUAUUUGAGUGUAUGCAGAGAGGCGGUCUUCCCCAC